AUGCGUUCUAUUAAAGAUAUUUAUGGUCAUUUAACAUCUAAAUCCUCAUAUACAUAUCCGGAACCUUCUUCAGUAUUAAUUUCUAUGUCAUCAAAAGAAUCAUCCGUUAUUGAAAAUAUAGAAAGACAAUCAAGAAUUGCAUCUCAGGGACAGGAUGAAAAUACAGGAUGUAUUUCUAAACCUGAGCCUCCUAUCCGUCUUUUAUUUCAUCCUGGAGCUGAAGUAAACACAAGAAUUAAAGAUCAUAACAUAGGCUAUAGUUUAGAUUUUGGAUAUGAAAGAGUUAUUAUAAAAGGAGAUAAUGAUUAUCAAAGAUGGUUAAAAGAUUAUGCAAAAAAAGACAUGUUUACAGACUGGGUUGAAACUACAUUCGGAAGACUCGUAGGAAGAUAAUUUUUCAGCCGAAAUAUUGAUAUUUAUUCCUUUUUUUUGCAAGAUAGUUAUUUUUUAUAUUAAUCAAUUAUUUUG